UAGAUACAAAUGAGAUCCUCAAAUUCUUUAUCGUCUUAAUUACAACAAUAUACAAAGCUUGGAAGUAAAACUGAUGCUCCCGCUUGGAUCAAAUUAAAUGCAUUCACCUUCUUCUUUCUCUACGACUGCUCCCCAAAAGUUCGGUGUCUUUCUGAGUUUCAGAGGCAAGGACACUCGCAGGACCUUCAUCAGCUUCCUUUACAGAGAACUCAUUCGAAUGAGUAUUCGAACUUUCAAAGACGACGUCGAACUCAAGAGUGGCCGUAGGAUUUCUUCUGAUCUCUUUACCGCAAUCGAAAACUCCAAAAUCGCCGUCGUGAUUGUCUCCAAGAAUUAUCCUGGGUCUCCCUGGUGUCUCAAAGAGCUAGCCAUGAUCAUGGACGUUGAAAAAAAGGGUUCGCUCAUCGUUAUGCCAAUCUUUUACAACGUGGAGCCUGCUCAUGUGAGGAGACAAAUAGAAAAAGUAGCUCAGCAGUUUAGGAAACAUGAAGAUAGGGAAAACCACGAGACUGUGGUAUCAUGGAGACAAGCCCUGACCAAUUUGGCAAGUAUCUCCGGUCAUUGUUCUCGUGAUUGGGAAGAUGACUCGAAGCUAGUCGACGAGAUUACCAAGAGAAUAUCUGACAUGUUGUCACCAAGUGAUGGCAUCAGUAACCAAAUUGGAUUUGGUGCACACAUGAAAGAGCUGUAUCCAUUGUUGGAUUUGGAUUCGAAGGAAGGUGUGAGAGUGAUUGGAAUCUGGGCGAGAGGAGGUAACGGGAGGUCAGCACUAGCUAGAUACGUGUAUCAGAAGACGUUUAAGCAAUUCCAGAGCCAGUGUUAUCUAGAAAACGUCAAAGAGAUACCUCAUGAUUAUCAAAUGUCGAAUCUAAGGGAUGAGUUUAUGAUAAGGAUUCAAGGAGGGUACUCGAAGAUGAAGACAUCAGGGUUGAUCAAAACAAGGCUCAUGAGUCAGAAAGUGCUACUUGUGGCAAACAACGUCGACAAGCUCGAACAGCUAGAUGCCCUUGCGGAAGAUUUUAACUGUUUUGGUCCAGGUAGCCUAGUGAUCAUAACCACACAAGACAAACAACUUCUAGUUGCGUUUGGGAUAAAAGUAGUGUAUGAAGUAGAGUGCUUGAGGUGCUUUGAAGUUCGGCAACUGUUUCGUCAAAUAGGUUUUAGAGAGAGAGAUCUCUACGUUGCUGGUUCCGAGUUGUCUUCACCGAUAUCGGGGACGGACUGAAUCUUCCUUAAAAUGGUAACUCUGGUUUCCGGCCUAGAAAAUGGUUAGCUUCCUCUGUAUUGAAGCAAUGGUUAGGUUCCUCUUUUUAUAGAGGUAAGUUUUAUUGUACCUUACCUAAGACUUAGGAAGAAGAUUUGGGUUAGGAGUUAGGGAUAUUGUUUAUAAAUAUUUUGCCGGUGUACAAAAGAAGUAUAAACCGUUGAUCCAAUAAUAAUAAUAAUAAUGCAUAGAACUCGAAAUGCUCUGUUUUGAGUUUUCUCUGUUGUAUGGGGAACUAAUUAAUAAUGGAUCAUGUGUAAACGGAAUGAAACUGGGCUCUCUUAUUACAUCGAAAGCCCCUUGUUAUGUAAUAAAAUAUGUCAACGUCUGUUUAUAGUA